CUUGUUAAAUCUAUAUCCUACUUAGUCCAUGACUUUUAUACGAAGUGUAGUGGCGCUAUCAUCUUAUCGAAACAAAUUGUGCUUUUUUGUUCUAUUUUUACUUAAUCGUAACUAAAACAUCAAUUAAAAUUUGUUGUUAACGAAAAGAAUUAGUCUUUUCACGUAUGUGAAAAAAUAAUUAUUUUGUUAUUUGUUAACAAAGGAGAAAAAUAAAGUGGAUAAUAAUUAAUGAUUGAGAUAAGCGAAAAAGCACAAUUUAGAGUUGACUGUAUAUGACGUUUAUAAAAAGGUUUCGAUUAGACUUUUAUUGUUAUUAUUAUUUCUCUAUUUUAGGCCUUAUCAAAAUUUUCAUUUUUAAAUAAGUGUUCGAUAUCAUUAUUAUCUGAUUAUCGAUUGUAAUUCUUUAUCUAUAGUAAGUAGGUUCUAAUUUUUUCAAGUCAUUUCUUAAAAGAAAGUUUUCAAAAACUUUUGAGUUAUAUUUAAUAUUUUCAGAUCAUCCUUAGUUUAUUAUUUUAAUAUAAGAUAUUAACAGACAUAUAUAUAUAUAUAUAAUUGCAUAGAUGAAGAUAUAAAGAUAUAAUCUUUCCAUAAUCAUUUGUGGGAAGUAUAAUCAAAUAUGAAUCGUGUAGAUUUAAAAGUUGUGUUACUAGGAAAUGCAGCUGUUGGAAAAACAAGCCUUUCAGAGCGUUUUGUAAAUGAAAGAUUUAAUGAGAAUUUAUCCUAUCAAAACACAAUAGGAGCUGCAUUUGCUGCAAAACAAAUAGAAAUUAAUGAACAUAAUCUUGUAAUGGGAAUAUGGGACACUGCAGGUAACGAAAGAUAUGAUGCAAUGACAAGAAUAUAUUAUCGUGGUGCUAAAGCUGCAAUAAUAUGUUAUGAUGUUACAAAAUUUAAUACAUUUCAAAAAGCGAAGUUUUGGGUAAGAGAAUUGAGAGAUGUAGAAGAAGAAUGUAAAAUUUAUCUCUGUGGUACAAAAAAAGAUAUUUUAUCAAACACUGAUAUGAUAGCAGUACCAGAUAUAGAUAUUGUAAAAAACUAUGCAAAUGGUAUUCAAGCUAAAUUUUUUUUAACAUCAAGUAAAACUGGGGAGAAUGUUGGUAAGAUCAUAUAUUUGAUCACACUGCUUUUUUUGAAGAUAAACUUAAAUUAUUUAUUUCUUGCAGUGGAAUUAUUUACAGAAAUUGCUAAUGAUUUCUUAUCUGUGCCAGAGAAUUUACAAAAAGUAGAAGAAACAGUUGCUUUAAUAAAUACGCCCAAAACAUCGCAUUGUUGUUAGGCCAUAAAAGCAAAAACAAUAUUAAAAUUUUUAAUACUUUCGUUCUUCAUAUAAUAUUCAAAAGAGGUAAUUUAAUGUAUAUUAAUACUAUAUAUUAAUAUUUGAAAGCAAAGUUUUAACAUACAAUAAAUUAUUCUUAUAUGAUACAAUUAUUAAACAAGUAAUUAGUAUUAGAAAAAGUUUUGUGCCUUCUUAAAUAUUAUUCUAACAUAAAGAUUAGAUCAAUGAUUGCUAAAAUAUUUUCUAUAAUUGUAAUAUUUUUCUGACAAAAUGCAUGUGUGCAUCUUAACAGUAAUUAUGGAUAUAAUUACUUGCAUUUAUAUAUUACAAAUUAAUGUACAUUUCAUUUGUUGUCUUAUUUAACCAUUAAUAAUAUUUUAUAAAUUUUAUGUUUCUAUAAAUUUCAGAAAGAAAAUUUUAUUUUAAAAUUUUUAAAUAUAUAAGUUAAUUAUUUACUACUAUAAUGGUGCCAUAUUUAAGCAGAAACUGUGAAGACUUUCAGAUAAUUUAAUUAUGGUUUAUCACCUUUAAGAAAAUCAAUACGGUUGUUUAUUAUAAACAAAAGUAUUGUUAUAUAUAAGGUGCAAAGUUUACUCAUUAUUUUUUAACGGAUAGACGUGAGAAAAAAUUUGAGAAAAUGUGAAAAUUUGUAACUUCGAAUAGCGAGCAAAAAAUAUUUUUGCUUUUUGUUAUUACUUUUACUAUGUUUUAUUUUUUUGGUUUGAUGUAUAUGGGAAAAUUGAAGCACAAAUCUCUCUGGAUUGUUCAUAGAUACCAAAAAAUACAAAACCACUAAUAGUAAAGCCACCCACCCUUGGAAGAAAGCCUGCGAAUAAUCUAAAAGAUAUUUUUCAAUGAUUUAAACUAUGACAAAACAUUAAAGUUAAAAGAAGACGCAUGACAAUACCUAAGACUUCAAAUAAUAGAAAGAUGCAAUUUGUCCAUACCCUUUAGGUCCAUUCUCUCGAUAAACUUCCUUUAACAUCGUGGAUAUUUUAACUUCUUUUUUAUCCGCUGUAGUCGAAGACAACAUUAUUCUAGUUUUUGCAACAUCCAAUGGAGUUGUAAUAGCUGCAGAGACCGCCACUGUGAAAUAAUUUUUAGAGUUAUACAUUUUUAAUAAUAUAUUUUGUUGAAACAAUGGCAUUAUCAAAUAUUGCAAAAAUUAAUCUCACCAGAUGCUGCACCACAAUAAGCUCCUUCUAAUGGUGUACAUUCAUGGUGUACAUGCUGUUUCCAACAAACUUUAAAGUAUUCCCAUAAUGGCAUUUGAAUGCAUCCAAAUGGCAUGUCACGAAGAACAGUGCUGCCAUAUCCACGAAAUAAUGUUCGUAAUUUUAAACGAGCCACAUCAGCUAAAAGCGCUUGUCUUCUUUGUUUAAGUACCUCCACUGGUACUCGUAUUAAACAAGCAACCUGCAAUAUAAUAAUAUACAAUUCUUUAUUUGGAUAUAUUUAUGACACUUAAUGGAAUGAUAUUAUAUAUAAAUUUAGAUCUUUUACUUUUUAUAAUAGAUUAUCAAGAAGAUGCAAUUUUAUAUGCAUAUCAUAAUUAAGGCAAUAUUAUAAGCAAACAUUUGUUUAUGAGUCUAUCUUGAUAUUUAUAUUUUUAUAUUUUAUUUAUUUAUAUUGAUAAAUAAACUUUUUAUAUAUUGAA